AUGUUGAAAGCGUUCGUGGGCGUUCGUGUAGCUGAGAUACAGUCAACGUGGGAGUCAAGUCAUUGGCAACAUGUUCCUUCCGCCUUGAACCCGGCAGAUGAUCUAAGCCGAGGAAUAAAAGUCAAAGACAUGCCUGGUCGAUGGUUUCAAGGACCGAAAUUCCUUAAGUUGCCAGAAAGUGAAUGGCCAAACGAGAGCGUGGAAACUGAUACAGAGAAUGACACAGAAAGAAAGAAACCCAAAAUUGUGGGCAGUGUCAAUCCCGAAACCCCAUGUAUUGAUCCAAAGAAGUAUUCAGAUUGGCAACGGUUAGUCAGAAUUACGGCUUAUUGUAUCCGUUUUGGUCGUAACGCUCGAGUCAGUGUACAAGAUAAGUCGAGAAUAGAGUUGGGUCCUCUUCAACCUGGUGAAUUAAACGAGGCCAAAGAAUUCUGGAUUCGAAGAGCACAGAGCACGAUAGUCGACUGGAAAAAUCAUUGCAAGGAUCUUGUACCCUUCGUCGAGAACAACAUCAUCCGAGUUGGUGGACGCCUCAAGAGAGCUUCCCUUCCCUAUGAUCAAACACAUCCCAUCCUGUUACCCGGAAACCACCACGUAUCAAAGUUAAUAAUGGAAGAAUUCCACGAGAAAGUUUGCCACGCUGGCUGUGAAAGAAGCCUUUCUGAAAGUAGACGUGAGUAUUGGAUUAUUGGCGGACGGCGUAUGGUAAAGAAAAUCAUCAAGAACUGUUUGAUAUGUCGUAAGUUUCGUCAGCGACCCCACUCCACCUUGAUGGCAGACCUUCCUCGAGAGCGAGUGAAACCAUUUUCCCCACCAUUUACAGUAACUGGCGUGGAUCUGUUCGGUCCAUUCAGUCUUAAAGUUUCGAGAAACAAGAGUGUUAAAGCCUGGGGUGCAAUUUUCACUUGUGCUACAGUACGGGCUAUCCAUUUAGAAAUCGUCGAGAGUAUGUCAGCCGAAGCCUUUCUCCACGCGAUGAGACGAUUCGCUUCCCAUCAUGGUUGGCCAAGCACGAUAAUUUCCGAUAACGGUACGUCGUUUGUUGGAACAGAGAGAUUAUUAAGAGAGCUAUUUACAAAGUUGCAAAAGAAGCUCGAAGAUUUCGCAACCCUACAUCAACUUCGCUGGAUUUUUACCACGCCCCGUAGCCCUCAUCAAGGCGGAAUUUAUGAAAGCUUGAUAAAACAAGUGAAACGUGCCAUUCGAGUGGUGAUCGGAAGCCAACGGUUAUCUUGGAACGAAAUGAACACAGUGUUUGCCGAAGUAAAGUCGUUGAUCAACGGAAGACCCUAG